AUGGUUCUUAGUUACGGAGUCAACGCAUAUGGUGAUGCAAUAAUGAAAACAAAGGAAUUAUCUCCAGAGGUAUUGAACGGUCGUUUUACUGAGGAACUCAUCGCAACAUUUGGGCCCGGGAAAGCAGAUCGGAUAAAAGCCGUUUGGAUGUAUAUAGAUAUAAAAGAUUCUCACGUGGUUCCGGAACUGACUAAAAUCGGGUUCACUUUCGUACAUGCGACGACGAAUGAACUCACAAUGGCCUGCUGGUUAGGGGAAGAACCGUCACGUAUACCAUCGUAA